UCUCUUCCUACCCCCAAUCCACUUCUCCUCCAUUCCUGUUCAGUAUAGGGUAGGUCUCCCAUUGAUAUUGACAAAAUGUGGCAUAUCAAGUUGCAGCAAGACAAAGCACCUCCCCAUGUGUUAAGGCUGGGCAAGGUGAUCCAGUGUGAGGAAAAGAGUCCCCAAAGCCAGCACCAGAGUCAGAGACAGCCCCUGCUCCCACUAUUAGGAGUUCCACACGAGGAUCAAACUGUAUAACUGUAACAUAAGCAGUGUGCCUACAUGAGUCCUGUGCAGGCUCCCUGGUGGUUGGGUCAGUCUCUGUGAGCCCCUGUGAGCCCAGGUUACUUGAUACUGUGGGUCUUCUUGUGGUGUCCUUGACCCCUCUGGCUCCUACAGUCCUUUCUCCCCCUCUUCUGCAGGAUUCCCUGAGCUCUGCCUAAUGUUUGGGUUCCAGAGGCAGUCUUAAAAGUAAAACUAUGUUAAGGCUCCCCAUCUUCUUCAAAGACAUCAAGCCACUUUGUCAGCUAUACUGUUUAAUUAAAGUGGAUACUUUGCUGAAUUUUAUAAGUGGAUUUUGAAGCUAUCAUGGUGAUAAAAUUUCUUGCAGUUGUCAAAUUUUAUGGUAGAUCCAUGUGAAAUUUGGAAAUUGUCUUACAUUUUCCAAUUAUUUCAAGUUAUCAUACUUAGAACUCUGAAGUUCCACUCUGUCCCUUGCUUUGAGCAAACCUGGCUUCAUUUUUUUGUGGGCCCCUUCAGAUUUUGAUUACCCUAAAUCCCAGUGAAAAAGGGAGGAACAUAACUAUGUGAGAAAAUACCUUAGUGCAGAUAGAGGAGGACCCCCCCCCCCACACACACACCUUUGUUGUAGAAGAACCAAAAGUUACAAUUCUAAAGACGGCUUUUAAUGUUACAUAUCACUAAGAGAGUGUUUCUUUUAUAACAGUUAUAUAGGAGUUAGAAGUAUGAGUUAGCAAAGCAUACACGGAAGAAAAAGCUCAAAAUGAGGAGUGCCAAUUUAAAAUUAAAAAAUAAAAGAAGACAUAUCUUUUUUUUUCUUAGAAAUAAAUGAAACAUUAUUCCCUAAACUUCCAUGACUUCUUAUGACAAACUAAGCACAUAAAGAUUUUAUGAAAUAAAUUCUUCAGUAUUUUCAACAGUCCACUCAUAAAGACUAUUGGGGAAAAUAGCCCUUUAUUAUGAAAACAGUUCUCUUUAAUAUUCAACUCUCAUUAAAGGUUGCAGCAAACAGGAAGAAACGGGCAAGCAAUGAAACGGAAGAUGCAACCCACUCCUACGGUCGUGCAGCAGCGUCUGCCGCUCCUGAAGUCUCUGAGGCUUCUGUUGUCGCUGCUAUCGUUGCUGCAGCCGUUUUUGCUGCGGCUACUCCCGCUGCUGCAGCCGCUGUUGCCUCUGCUGCUGUAGCUGCAGUUACCGCUGCUGCUGCCCCUGCUGCUGCUGCUUCUGCAACUGUUAAUGCUCUCGCUCCUGUUGCUCUCGGUGCUUCACCUGACAGUUCUGCUGUUCCUGUUGCUGCUGCGACUGCUGCUGCUGCUGCAGACACUGCCGCCGCCGCCGCCGCCGCCGCCGCCGCCGCCGCCGCCGCUGCUGCCGCUGCCGCCUCUGCCACUGCCAUUGGUGCUGUGGCUUCCGUGGAUGCUGCGUCUCGAACUACUGCCUCUGCUUCUGUUGCUGCCGUGGUUGCUUCUGCUGUCACUGCAGCAGCUGGUUCUGAAGCUCCCACUGUCGCUUCUACUGCUGCUGUAGCUGCCGGUGCUGCUGCUAUUGGUUCUGCUGCAGCAGCUGCCCACAUGGCUUCUGUUGUCACUGCUAUAGCUCCUUGUGUUCCUCCUCCUGUUACCGUGUCAGCUGCAGCCCCUUCUACUGUUGCUGCUGCUGCUGCGGUUGCUACUCAUGCUGCUGCUUCUCCUACUGUCGCCGCCGCUGCUGCUGCUGCCGCUGCUGCUGCUGCUGCUGCGGUUGCUACUCAUGCUGCUGCUUCUCCUACUGUCGCCGCCGCUGCUGCUGCUGCCGCUGCUGCUGCUGCUGCUGCGGUGGCUACUCAUGCUGCUGCUUCUCCUACUGUCGCCGCCGCCGCUGCUGCUGCAGCUGCUGCUAUUGCUGCUGCUGCUCAUCCAGGUACUCCUGCGGUAGCUACUGCUGCUGUUGCUGAUGCAGCCCCGGAUCCUCCUGAUGCUCCCUCUGCUGCAUCCGCUGCUUCCGCCGUUACAAAAAGAAGAUUGAUUCUACAAGGAAAGUAUGAGGAACCGAGAAAGCAGCAGCCCUACCUUGAGGAGGCAGAAGAAGAUGAUGGGUCAAUCAUAAAAGAGCAAGUGGAGAAGAAAAGAAACACAAUUUGUGCUUAUGAGACUGUGGAGGAACUGCGGGUCAAAAAAGAGAUGAUUGAGAGACGAGGAGAGCACUACCAGAGACAAGUUACAGAGACGCAGGAACUUAAAGUAUGUCAGAAAACAAGAGACGUGGAGCUGAAGCAGUUACAUAAAGAAAAAGAACAUGCACAGAAGAUGGAAGAUCACCUACAAAUGUAAACUUUAAAUCAGCCUAUAUUUAUAUAGGAAAUGAGUAACAUGAGACUCAUCCAAGUUAUGGUUACUGUGAAAACACUGUUACACUGUUAGAUCUGUUUCUUGAAAUUCACAACACAGAGUUUGGAAAGUACCUCAAUAGUAUAGCAUGGCUUUGCAUGCAUGAGGGAUAUUAUUUCCCAAACAUUAACAACCAAAAAGUACAUAAUUUUUCAUGUACCUACAUCUUGUUCAUUCUUUUAAAAAGGCUCAAAAAACGAUAGAAUUUGUACAUCAUUGACAUUUAAUAUACUUCUUUUAUAAAG